GCAGCGAGGAAGCACCGAGAGGCUGUAGCGGUUCCUCGCGCCAGCUCGGCGGCGACUCGGGCACCAGCUGCCCCCGCUGCUGCCCCCGCCAGCCCCGGCUCCUCAGAAAGUUAUUCUCGCUGCUCGUGGGGAGGUGAAGCAGCUGCUCCCGCACCGCCAAAGAAGUAGAGCGGCUGCGCAACCCAACGCUGAUCCGAGGUGUACUGAAAUUAGCUGCAAGAACAAGAUAAAGGGGACUCAGUGAAGGGCAAGGAAGGAUCUGAGUAAAUAUCACCAGCAUCAGGAGGACACAAAAGGACAAGCUUGGCCAAUAAAAGGUACAUGGAACGUAUAAACCAUUAGAGGUCAAAAGGAGACAUCUGAAGAACUGUAUAGGAUUGACCUGGUUGUGCAGCCUCUGCAGCCAUGGAAGGAGAUUGUUUGAGCUGCAUGAAGUACCUGAUGUUUGUCUUCAAUUUCUUCAUAUUUCUGGGUGGUACAUGUCUACUAGGAGUUGGAAUCUGGGUCAUAGUGGAUCCCACUGGAUUUCGAGAGAUAGUAGCUACUAAUCCUCUGCUCUUCACUGGGGCGUACAUCAUGCUGGCCAUGGGAGCAAUGCUCUUCCUGCUAGGCUUCCUUGGGUGCUGUGGAGCCAUCCGUGAGAACAAAUGCCUGCUUCUCUUUUUCUUCAUGUUUAUUUUGCUAAUCUUCCUGGCAGAACUCUCAGCUGCAAUCCUGGCUUUUAUCUUUAGAGAAAAUCUGACCCGAGAGUUCUUUACCAAGGAACUGAAGAAGCACUAUCAGGGGAACAAUGAGUCUGACAUCUUCUCUUCCACCUGGAACUCCGUCAUGAUCACAUUUGGCUGCUGUGGGGUCAACGGUCCAGAAGAUUUUAAAUCUGCUCCACGUUUUCAGCUUCUGUAUUCACACAAUGCAUUUCCUGAAGCUUGCUGUCGACGGGAGAUCCAGUCCCGAGAUGGAGUGUUUAUUGGCAAGGAAAACUGUCUCAUGGGGAAGGAAAUAUACCAAAACCGCCAGGGUUGCUACACUGUGAUUCUGAACUCCUUUGAAACAUACGUGUACCUUGCAGGAGCACUUGCCAUUGGCGUUUUAGCCAUUGAGCUGUUUGCCAUGAUCUUUGCUAUGUGCCUCUUUCGGGGAAUCCAGUAAAAAGCAUUCCAAAAUUAGCUGAGAAUUAUUUCAAACCAGAUGCUUUGAAGAAAGGAAAAAUGCAAGAUAAACUUUAUUUUUUGGUUAACAAAAUGAAAAAGAAAGGUUUGUAAUAUAUGAAUGACCAAAAGGAUUGUACUUCAGGGGCUGGAACUUUGAGGUGCUGUGCACUGCAUUGCCUUCUCCCAGGGCAGUCAUUCAUCAGAAGCCACAGAGAAUGGGUUGCACUAGAGAGCCUCCAAAGCAAGGAGGAAGCAAAUUCUGAUGGUCCCCACUGAAGCAGGUUGUUGUAUGGGAUUCAUAUGUCUUUCAAGAUAGUGAACUACCAACUGGCGAGGAAGAGGACCACACCCUGAAAUACACUAGAUCAGAAUUCAGCCUCCUAACAAACUGCUCAGCCAAAGCAUUGCGAUAAGGCCAGUUUUAAACAACUGGGGGGGGGAGUAGUUUUGACACUGACUUACAAGCCCAUCAACAAAGAUGAGCAGGAAACCAUCAGUUUCAACGUCCAGAAGAUUCUUCAAUCAGUGGGAAUGAGAAUGCCUUUUCUGGAGUCCUACAGGAGAAGUUAAGGAUGAUGUGUUGGGAGGGGGGAGGCACCCUUCUUAAAUCCAGAAAAGGGGUGAAGUGAAAUCAGAAGUUUAAUACAUACCUUUUCUUAAAUUGUGACAAUGAGUUUUCUAUUCAGUGUUCUGUGAGAGGGAAAAGACCACAGCAGUCUGACUGCUGACCCCCUCAUCUUUACAAAAAGUGUUCUUUAAAAUAGCUAGUGCUGCUUCCCUUUUGAGGGGGGCGGAUUUGUUUAAUUUUUAAGCUUCUGAAUGUUUUGUCACCACAAUGUUAUGUGCAAGAUGUGUUUCAUAGCCUGGCCUUUUGGUAGCCAUUGAUUAGCUUGUCUUCAUGUUUCAGUGUGCCUUUCAGCUGUGUGGAAAAAACCUCCCCAAUUGCAGUCACAACUUUUACAGUUGUGCUACAGUUCCGUCUGUGGAGCUUCUGCCAAUUCUUCUGUUCUGAGCAAUUCCCACUUAGGUGCUUCAUGAAUUGUGGGAAUUACUAAGUGGAAUCAAAUGUGCUAACAUAUCCUUACCAGAAUCUUUCCCCCCUCUCCAGGUGCCAAAUUGUGGUUUCAGCUACGCACAAUACAUCCAAUUCAGUUGCUAGAAGCCAACUUUAGAAAACAGGCCCUUGCUUAAAAGGGAAAGGGAGAACUGAAGUUCUCAAACUAAUGGUUUCCCAGUGUAGAGAGCAAAUCUUUGUUGCCAGAAAUUCCAAAGGAUACCAUUUGGAAAGAUAGCUAGAUAGAGGUGCAAACUGAAAAAGAAACACGCUAUAAGCUGCACCAAGGAGACAUAAUAGGCUACUGCUAGAGUAGAAAAACAUGGUGAUGGUACAUACACUGGGGUUCUGUGAAAACUUAGGAGCAAGCUUGCAAGGAACACUAAUGAGUGUUCAUCAGAGAAACAAGGUUAUGAAUGAAGUAUUAAGCCACAGUUACAAUUUAUGCAAGCAAUAAUGAAAGGAUUAAAAGAUCAGUAUCUUAGACCAUUGCCUAGUGAAUGACUUCAAACACUGAGUGAAAUGUUUGUAUGUUCCUUGACAAUCUCUCCUGUGAAAAGAUGCAAUUAAAAUGCAAUAGGGCUCAGGGAUACACAGCUGAAGAGCAAGGAAGAGAAGCAACUGGAUUGACAAAAGCCCAUUAUCUUAAGCCUGUUGAUUAUUUCCAAUUCUAUAUGGAAACCAGUCCUUGCAUACACGUGGAGGGACAUACGAAUAUAGAGGAAAAUUUAGCUGUUUAAAAAUUGCUGUAAGAGCCCCCCUGUGGUGCAGUGACACCAUAUGAUUGCUUUCCACUGCACCCUUUAAGUGCCAAAACAGGCCCCACAACUGUCUCCACAGCACUCAAAAAGGGUUGGGGGGAGGUAAGAUUGUAUGGUGCUGCUGAACUGUGGGCCCAACCAGGAAUGACUAAAUUUUUAAAUGACUAAAUUUUCCUCUAAAAUGGCAUCAGCACCCACGGGUUGGCCCGACAGCCACAGUGUCUAAUUUGGCUCUCAGAAUCCAAAAACCCAUCUCCUCUGUCAAUGAAAAUAAACCAUUGCAGGGUGAUAGAAGUGAGGGAUAUAUUUCAGGAUAGCAUCUUUCCCAUGAGUUUCCAAAAUCAAGAAACCAUCCUCUCCCCAUUUUUAAAAAAAGAAAUGCACAUACCAUUAAAGGAACAUCAAGUUCCUUUCGAGAUUCUUACCCAAGAUAAACAUAACUCUCUUCCUGAUUUUAUUUGCUAACAGGUUUGAGACAGGAAUAGAACUCUCACCCCACACCACCCCCAACCUCAAACAUAAAUGGAAUAAGCUCCUAUUUACUCCAGGAAAACUUAGUUACAUAAAAUGAAUUCAGGGCUGGCGUUUUAGGCCACAGUCUUGAAUAAAUUAGUUUGGAAGGAAUUCUGUUUAAACAAAUGGAACUGGUUUCCAAGUAAGUCAAAUUUGGCUGAUUGAGAGGGUCAGGGUGCCUGUCAGAGUGAGUUUCCAAUGUUGUAAUAGCUGAGGCACUUUUUCUGGUAUAAUCAUAUGAGAGAGGAAACACAAUGCAGCAUGCUGUUCUCCUGCACAAGGCUCAUAGCAAUGAAUGGGAGGUGCUGGAAUCUUGCAGAGUGCUCAUGGGACUUGCAUUGGAGAGCUUCGUGUUGGAUUUGUGGUUAAAUUUUGUGAAUGCAGAUCCACACAGUCCUUCCCACUGUCUGCUAUUGUCACUGUUACAAGUGCCUGGAAAAAUGGGCCACUUGUGAAGUAAAUGUUGGAAUCUAUUUUAAAUUUCUAAAUGUUCUUUUUGUUAGAAAGCUAGAGCUAAUUUAUCUUGUAUUCUCUAUUGUAAUGCUUUUUUAUAUUGAAAGGGUCUUUUGUAACAUAAAACAGAACACUACCCUGAAACAUUCUGCACAGUUUCAGAGUGCAUUUCCUUAAAAAAAAUUAAAAAGAAAAAAAUAAAGAUAUUGUGACAAUGAA